CCUGCCCAUGACUGUUGUUACCAGGUCCAGUCUGCUUAAACAGGUGCAAGGUGAGGCGCCUGCUCGUCUUACGCCAUGGCCUUCCACACCUCCAGGGUUAGGAAUUUGCUGCUUGUCAUCUUGCUCGGCGUUGUGUUACUUUUGGUGUGCCAGUCCAAAUUAUCCAGCUGGACCACUUUCUCAAGGAAAUGGGAUCUGGUCAUGGCGGCCCGUUGGUCCGAGAUAAAUUCCACCGGCCGGGCUCAGGAGGGAAACUCCAGGGCGUUCAGUACAACAAAGUACGACUCAUCGGAGACCUCCGCGCCCCCCGCGGAGUCGAACAGCGAGCCAAAGACCACGCUCGGCGUCCCUCCCGAGACCCCCAUGCCCAUCCUGCUGGCAAAAAACUUCUCCAAGCUUCCGGUGUGGGAUUUUGAGGAUGUUUACAACCAGGAUGCUGCACCCAGACAGUCGACGUGCCAACAAUCCCUCAGGAAUUCCCAGGAUGAGAGCUUCCGGAAGGGAUUCCUUCCCAACAUUCGCUUGUUCCUGCACAAAGACAACAUCAACAUGAGCGAGUGGAACAGACUCUCCCACUUUAACAAUCCCUUUGGCUUCAUGGGCUACACUUACGACGGUGUCAUGUCAUCCGUGAAGAUGAUCCCAAGGCCAAAGGAGCCUCUCCUCUCCCCAAAGCCAGGCGGCGAUGGCUGCAUUCGUUGUGCUGUGGUGGGAACCGCUGGGAUCCUCAACGGCUCCAAACUGGGGAAAGUAAUCGAUGCACACGAUUACGUCUUUCGGAUGAACGGCGCCCUCACCGAGGGUUACGAGGACGACGUGGGGAACAAAACGGACGUCUACGUCCACACGGCUCACUCCAUCACCACGUCCUUGUAUCUUGGCAAGAAGUACGGCUACAAGUCUGCCCCCCACGAUGAGGGUAUCAAAUACGUGAUGAUCCCGGAGGGCAUGAGGGACUACCAGUGGCUGGAUGGACUCCUCAAAGGAGACAGGGUGCAGCUCGGCCCGUAUAAAAACAGACGGCCCAGGACGUACUACACGGGGCAGUACAACGAGAGCCGCUUUUACGUCCUGCACCAGGAUUUCCUCCGAUACGUGCGGAACAGGUUCUUGAAGUCUCCCCACUUGAAUUUACGAUACUGGGCAAUCGUCCGACCGACCAACGGUGCUUUUGCCAUCUUCCUGGCGCUCCACACGUGUGACACCGUGGACGCGUACGGGUUCAUGACCAAAGACUACAAGCAAUAUUCCAACUAUUACUACGAGAAGCACACAAAAACAAGGGUGAUUUUCUACGCCAAUCACGACUACAUUUUGGAGAUGAAACUGUGGAAGAAUCUCCACGACAGCAAAGUACUGCGUCUGUAUCAGAGAACUUGAAGAGGAACCCAAAGGAUUGGAGGGAAUGCCUGCGUUUGUAUGGUUUUUAAUGAAUACGUUUAUAAAUACAAACAGCCCGUCAGACCAAUUCAGGUAGAAAAACAAAAACAGGUAAAAUGUUUUUAAAACCAUGUUUAGAACAAAAUAAAUAAAAUGUCU